GGGCAGGAAGGCGUGACUAGGAGGAGGUGGGUCUUGGCGCCCUUCGUGGAGCAGUGUGACGUUGGGACCCGCCAGGGAAGGACAGACUUGAAGGGAAGGGAAAAUGAGGAAGAGCAGUGAAAGGGACUGAAAGGGAAAGUAACGUGACAGUGAAAGGGAGAGUGAGACGAGAUAGUGAGAGGGAAAGUGAGGACAGUGAAAGGGACAGUAAUGAGGGAAAGUGACGGAACAUUAAGAGUGAAAGUGAGAGGGACAGUAAAAGGACAGUGAAAGGGACAGUAAAGAGGGAAAGUGACGGAACAUUAAGAGUGAAAGUGAAAGGGACAGUAAAAGGACAGUGAAAAGGGACAGUGAAGAGGGAAAGUGAGGCGAGAAAGUGAAGGAACAGACAGUGAAAGUGAGUGGGUGGCAGUGUUCACGGUCUCAACAAACGUACGCACACACACACACACACACACACACACACACACACACACCAACUGCGUAUGUGCGUGUAUGUGCGUGUGCAUCAAACGCCGUGAAGAAACGCACAUGGCUUUUGCGUAAGUGGUCGUGGUGGUGGUGGUGAUGUGCAACGUGUGUGUGUGUUUGUUUAAGUGGUCCUAAGAGGCACCCAGGAGCUUACCCCCCCCCCUCUCGCAGCCCCCCCUUCUCCCCAACCCCCCCCUUUCCUCCUCUCCCCUUCUCUCCUCCUCCUUCUCCUCCUCCUUCCUUUCACAUAACAAGUUUACUCCACUCAGACCUCCUUUCCAUAACCUCUUCUUCUUCUUCUUCUUCUUCUUCUUCUUCUUCUUCCUUUUGUUUUUUUUCUUCUUCCUCCUCCUCCUCUCCAUUCAAAUUCUUCUUCCUCCUCCUCCACAUUCCUUCAUUUCCUUCCUCCUCCUUCUCCCAUUUCCUUAUUUUUUCUUCCUCCUCCUCCCCACUCCUUUUUUUCUUCCUCCUCAUCCUCCUCCUCCCCAUACCUAUUUUUCUUCCUCCUCUUCCUUCCCAUUCUUUUUUUUCUUCCUCCUCCUUCCCAUUCCUCUUUUUUCUUCCUCCUCCUCCUCCCAUUCCCUUAUUUUUUCUUCCUCCUCCUCCCCAUUCUAUUUUUUCUUCCUUCUUCCUAUUUCUUUUCUUCCUCCUCCUCCUACUCCCAUUCCUCUUUUUUUCUUUCUCCUCCUCCUCCUCCUCUCAUUUCGUUUUUUUCUCCUUCCUCCUCCAACCAAUUCUUUUUUUCUUCCUCCUCCUCUUCCCCAUUCUCUUUAUUUUCCUUCUCCCUGUUUUGUUUCGUUUCCUACCCUACAAACACCCCAUCAGCACCCCUUCCCUUCCUAUCACCCCAUCAAACUUGUAUUCCUAGGCUCCUCCUCCAUUCCCUUCACCCUCAACACCCCACCCUCUCUCUCUCUCUCUCUCUCUCUCUCUCUCUCUCUCUCUCUCUCUCUCUCUCUCUCUCUCUCUCUCUCUCUCUCUCUCUCUCUCUCUCUCUCAUCCCACACUCACACACCUGCACUCUUAUGUUAUCCUUAUCUUCAUCUCUUAUCCUUAUCCAGUCUUUCAGCAUCAAAAAGAAUCCUCCGCUCCCAGCAACAUCUCUUUCCACCCCCCAUCACUCCACUCUUUCACCCUCAACCUCCAUCCCUUCCACCUCAACCCCCCCAUCUCGUCACCUCCUUACCCCAUCGUCUGAAACCCCUUCCUUAUCUUUCCUUGCGACAAAUCUUUCUAAAAUCCCCCUCUCUCUCUCCUCUCUCCUCCUCCUCCUCCUCUUUUCUCUCUCCUCCUCCUCCUCCUCCUCCUUCUCCUCAUGCCUUCGGGAGAGGAAGAAGGCAAGAAGAAGCAUCGUAGUUGAGACUUACGGGACGCGGGCUUGAUGACUGCCUCAUCCUCCCUCUCUGACAACGAAAACAAAGCCAGCGGUGUUACGUCAUAUGUUUACAAGUGACGUCACGAGCCUCAAGAAGAAGAAGAGGAGGAGCAGCGUUGGGCGUCCUGUCACCAUCAUGCGAGAUCAUCCCGAGGCACGGCAGGAAGGGGGGGAGGAGGCCACCACCCUGGUCAGCCGUUUCAACCAGCUGCAGGAGGAGCGGGUGCUGACCUACCGACGCCUGGAUGACGGCCACAAAGCCUACCUCGCAACUAGGCCUCAGUACGACUUCACGACCUACCGCCACUGUGUGCAUGACGUGACGCAGGCCUUCAGCAAGGUGUCCGAGGGUGUGCUGGAGGUGGAGGCCGCCCUCAGGAGUGGGGGUCACACAGCACUGGCGGAUAUCCUCGAGGCCAUCCAGGAGUGUGAGAGGCGCAAGCUGGAACUGACGGUUCACCUCCAACUGGCCCGGCAGAUGGUGGAGGAGGUGGAGGAGGGCGGCGUCAUCAUGGGGGGCGGAGAGCUGGAGCGGAGUAAGGUGCGGGAGUUGAGGGGGCAGCUGGGCAAGGUGGUGGAGGAGAUUAACGACCUCCUCACCGAACUCCGCUACGAGGUGCACGGGGAGGGGGAGGGGGACUAGGGUGUGUGUGGGGUGACAGGAUGGGGAGGGCAGUUAGGGUGUGGGUGAUAGGUUGUGAGAGCUGUUGGGAGUGAAAGUGCCAGGUCGCCAUCCACCAGGCAGACCAAAGAGGAUAUAGAGGCAGUAUGUUGAGGAGGAUUUGUCAGCAUUGGGCAUUGGAGAAGCUGAGGUCUGUAUUUUUAAUCCCUUGGCUAUGGAUUUCCUACAAGAAGACAUCACCAAACUACAGCAAUGUAAACAAAAAGUGGCUGCUACAACUCAAUAAAGAAAAAUAUAAAGUCAUGCACCUUAGGAGGGAAUAUCCAGCAUACUGAUACCACAUGGGAAACACUCCACUAUCCACCACAGAGGCAGAGAAAGACCUGGGAGUGUGUGUUACGAGGCUACCAGUGAAAGCCAAAUCCAUGUCAAUCGCAGCGGACAGGUUAAAUACAUCGGCACCUCAGUACGCCUGCUCGAAAAGCCUUUUGUAGAAGUUGCUGGGAUUUCCAUGGCGUGUGUUGUGAUCCUGGUGAUGGUUUGACACGACCUCUGUGCCAUGUACGGGAAAAGACACCCACGAAAACACGGUUAGUCUUCUCUGUGGCCUUGGGAAAUUGUCGUAGAGGGAGCCUGAUGUGUUUAAGAAUAUAGAUGAGGCAACACGAAAAUAGUUAAGAGCAUAUCAUCAACCUUCAACCUCAUAAGUAACAGAUGAUUAUGAUGAUGAUAGGGUAGUUAAGAGCAUAUCAUUGACCCUCUAACCUCAUAAGUAACAGAUUAUGAUGAUAGGUGGGGAGGAAGGAUGGGCUGAAGGGGUUAUGUAUGAGUGUGGAAGAUUCGGUAAGAGCAAGGAAAAGGGAGGAGAAAAGAUGACUAAAUAAGAGGAAGUGUACGUAAGGAAGAGUGAAUGAGGGGGACAGUAGAUAGGGAGACAGCUGGCGAGGAGUAGAAGAUGGGUAACAAAGAUGAUGGGGUUUUAGAGAGACGAGGAAUAGGAUAAGGGAGGUAGAGUAAGUAUUUUAAAGUUAAAUAAAAAGACAAUAAAAAUAGGGUGAUGAAGAUGGGGUUACUGAGAGAGGAGGAGGAGGCGGAGUAGGACAAGAACUGAGGAGGUGGAGAAUAAGUAUUUUAAAGUUAAAUAAAAAUAAAGAAUAAAAAUAUUA